AUGCCUUACGCCGUCCGCGGAGAUUCAUUUCCGCCACUGGCGGAAAGCAUGGGCUAUAGCAGGUCGAUUCAAAGGGCCCCCUGCUCCCCCCUCUCCCCCAUCACUUCGCUCCCCUCUCUCUCCUCUUCUGUGCGUGCAGGUCCCAUGGUGUAUGCAGUUGCGUUCUGUGCUGCCAGCAGCAGGUCGACUCAGAGGGCCCCCUUCUUCCCCCUCCAUCUCCUCCCUCUCUUCUCCCCCCUCACUUCCCCUCUGCCGUGUGUGCAGGCCCCAUGUAUGCGCCUGCUUACUGUGCUGCCAGCAGCUGACAUGUGGGGUCGAUUCAAAGGCCCCCCUGCUCCCCCCUCUCCCCCAUCACUUCGCUCCCCCCUCUCUCCUCUUCUGUGUGCGCAGGCCCCAUGGUGUAUGCGGUUGCGUUCUGUGCUGCCAGCAGCAAGGAGCGAGUGGCGCGAAUGGGCUUUGCUGGUGGGUGGGUGUUGGUUUUGGUGCGAGUUGGUGGGCUCUGGUGGGUUCUGGUGGGCUCUGACUCCAAGACCCUCACAGAGGCCAGGCGGGAGCAGCUAUUCCAAGCCAUGGGGGCUGUUGGCGCAUCCACUGCUGCUUCAGCACACCCCACCGCUGCUUCUGAACCUCCCUCUUCUGCCUUAUCCCCUUUCCUCCUUCACCGCGCCAGACUCCAAGACCCUCACAGAGGCCAGGCGGGAGCAGCUGUUCCGAGCCAUGGGGGGUCCGGCACACCCUGCUGCACCUAGCGGGAAUGGUGGUGGUGGUGAUGGGAACGGUGGGAAUGGGAAUGGGAAGGCUACAAAUGGCAGCACUGCAGACGGUGUCAGUGGCGCCGGCAGGGACGGUGGAGAGCAGGCAGAGAGGGCAGCGGCGGGGGAAGGGGCAGCGGAGGGGGCAGGGGGAGGGGCAGGGGGAAGGGCAGGGGAGGGGGCAGGGGAGGGGGCAGGGGCAGCAGAGCAGGCGAGUGUGAUUGGAUGGGAGGUUGACGUCAUCAGUGCGGCUGCCCUCUCCGCCCAAAUGCUCUCCAGGGAGCGCACGAGUCUGAACGCCAUAGCCUUUGAGUCGACAGCAAAGCUCAUUCAGCGAGUGCUGGACCAAGGAGUCAACAUCGUGGAGGCGUACGUGGACACACUAGGCGACCCCCAGAAGCACCAGGAGCGCCUGGAGCAGCGAUUCCCCCGCGUGCGAUUCACCGUGGCAAAGAAGGCUGACAGUCUGUUCCCCAUCGUCAGUGCUGCUAGCAUUGCUGCCAAGGUGACUCGCGAUCGGUGCAUCCAGCAGUGGGCCUUCUCCGAGGAUGCACCGUCCCAGCACCAAAGUCAACCUAGUCAACCGAGUCAGCCUAGUCAACCGAGUCAACCGAGUCAGCGCAGUAAUCGGAGUCAUACAGAGAGGGUAACAGUGUCGGCAGGAAGAGAAGCAGCAGCAGAAGUGGGAGGCGAAGGAGAAUCUGAAGCAGACGCGGAAUCAGACGCGGAAUCAGACGCGGUAGCGGACGCGGUAGCAGAAGCAGAAGGAGAAGCAGGAGGAGCGGCAACAGCAGCACGAGAAUCGUUCGAUCUGAAUCUGGGUUCAGGAUACCCUGGAGACCCCGCCACCAAGGCGUGGCUGGCAGGCAGUGUGGACCCUGUAUUUGGCUUCCCCUCUCUUGUGCGCUUCAGCUGGGCCACUGCGAAGACCAUCAUGGACUCCUCUUGUGUGCCUGUGCACUGGGAGGCAGAUGAAGCUGAGGAGGGGGGGCAAGUGUGGGCAGUCAAGCAAUCGAGCCCUGCAGCUCCUUCCAAGCGCAAGCGGAAGAACGUGCGUUUUGAGUCUGUGGCACAGCAACGACACUCCAGCCUCUCGAGCCGUUCACCUCAGGAGAUUUCAAUCCGUACGUGGAAGGAUUCCUACGAUCCAGGCUAUUCUCCGAGAAAGACCGAGGAUAACGAUAGAAUUGACCACGCGGCAUUUUUAAACAUGCAAAUGAACACGCUAGCAGAUGACGUGGCGGUAGUUAAAGUUUCAAAAUUUCAGUCUGUAGCAACUACAGUCUACCCGCUGCAUGACGUGGAUGAGGACAGUUCAGAGGACUUUGACACGUCAGUGUCGUCAAGCGACUCGGCCGAGUCAUCUCCCCGGUCUUCCUGGGAGGUUGCAGCUGCCUUGGAUCCACGUCAGCUUGACUGGGUGCACCUCGCGAGCCGAUUAAAGUCGUCGGCUCUUGACGUGCUCCACCAGAGUAACAAGUCAGCAUCGUUUUACCAGACGAACGCGCGUGCUUCGCUGGAGGGCGAAGAGCGCGUCGCUGACGGGUGCUCAGGCGACGAUAGUUCAGAGCGGUCCGAGGAUUUGAACAACGGUUCGGAUUCUACAAAAGGAGGCGAAGACGAGCAGGAUGACACGGCUAGUGAUCGGGAGAGUGAGAGGGGUGAGGAACGGCGCGAGGCGGUGGCAGCGAACGAGGAGGCUGCGAGGGAAUCGGUUACGCGCGAGCAGACGGGGAAGGAUUGGCGAUUGGAGCAAUCGUGGGACGUAAGCAGCGUGGGGUUGUGGGACGAGCGAGGCGACGGCGAGUCGGACGCGGCGGAGUCGGUGCGGAGCAUCUUCAGCUGGCCGGGCCCUUCGAGCUCCGAAAGCGAGGCGGAGGGCACGGAGAUGGUCGACAUGGCGCGGGCGGUGCGGGUGGCGGAGGAUCUGCCGGUGGCGGAGAUGGUGGGGACGGCGGAGUCGGAGGCGCCGGAGAUGGCGGAAACAGCAGAGACGGCGGAGUUGACGGAAACGGCGGAGAUGGCGGGGGCGGUGGGGAUCGUCAAAAUUGACAGCGAGUUGCAAGUGCGUGUAGUUAAGGGGCUAAGGCGGGCCGAGGAGCGGUGCGGGCUGGAGCUUCUAGGCGCCGUGGUUGCGCGGAGUAAUUUAGAGCCGUUUCGGAAUAAACUUUUAGGUGGCGUAGCGAGGAGGAGUAAGAGACGGAAGAGACGCGCAGCGGCCAGCGCUGCACGCAUAGCGGGAAUCGGAGAGGACAGUAGCGAGUCGGAAGCGGAGGAAAUUGAAGGGCGGGAGAUGCAAGUGUUCCGCGUAAUGGUCGUACCGGCGGAGGAUGAGGGCGCGCGGGGCGGAACCGGGGGAAAAGUGAGUGCGGACGGGGCAGGCUCGGGUCAGACCUGUAGGCUUCAGGACGGAGUUAGUGAAAAGGUUGGGAUGCUGGGUGGAGGCGAGGAGGGGGAAACGGCGACGCGCCGUGCACGAGCUGCAGCAGACAUCGCGGCGCCGGGAACUGAGAAAGCGGGUUCGACGGAGGCGUGUCUUCCCGCCAACGGUGCCAGCAGCACGGCCAGGGAUCCUCCUCCUCCCACGGGGUCGCGCUGCGACGGUGGCCCCGACAUAAGCACAAGCCGGGCAGUGCUGCCGUGCGCGGAAGGAGACUGCGACUCUGCGCGCAAAGAGGCUGGUUCGCGCGGGUUCGCCGUGCGCGGAGCCCUGGUAGGCGCUUUCGCGGCGGUGCUGCCGGGUGUGCGCGCGGUCACCUCCGCGCUCCAGUCCGCCGUGGUGAAAUCCGCGCUGCAGGCCUCGCGGGAGCUGCUGCGCGCGGAAGAGGUGGCGCUUUCCGGGGAGAAAGGGGAGGCGGGGGAAAACGCGGAGGCGGAAAGGCAGGCGGACGGGGAGGACGCUCGUCGGGAGGAGCACAGGCAGGAGGAAGUGUUGGGGGACGUUAAGGGAAGGGGGGGGAGCGGAGUAAGCGGGGCAAGCUGCGGAAGUGGGGGAGGCGGGGGAUUCAGGGAAAGCGGGGGAGGCGGGGGAAGCCGGGGAAGCGGGGAGCUGCCCAUGGUGCUGGCGCGCACAUUGCAAGCCCUGGACGUGUUUGAGGACGUGUCCCUGUUGACUUUUGAGUCGACUCAAAAGUCAACUCUUGAGGCGACUGAAAAGUCAACUCUGGCGCGCACGCUGCAAGCCCUGGACGUGUUUGAGGACGUGCCCCUGCGGGACGACGACGAGGGCGCGGGGGGCGGAGGGGUGGGCGCGGGGGGCGCACGGAUGUUCGUCCCCAUGCGCCAGCUGGCGGCGGGGCUGGCGACCGUGGGGGGAAACCUAGGGGGAAGCAUGGGGAGAAAUCUGGGGACGAUGGGGAGAGUGGGGAGCGGAAAUGGCCGGGGGAGUGUGAGGGGGAGUGAUGGGGAGGGGGAGGGGGAGGAUUCGGAGGUGAAGGCGGGGCAUGGGUGUGGAGAAGCAGCAGAUGGGUAUGAGGUGAUGGGGUAUGGGGGGGAUGCAUUUUUGGAUAACUUGAGGUAUGCUGGUGGGGGGGUGUAUGACGAUGGAAGAGGAGAAUCGUGGCUGGGAAGAACGGUGGUGUGCAGUGGCGGUGGUGGUGAGACGGGUGAGGGAGAGUGCAGCAUGCAGGGAAAAGGCCUGGCUUGCAGAGGCGGUGGUGAGUCGGGGGAUGUGCAGGAGCGAGGGGGUGCUGUGCGGAAGCAGAUGGGUAAGACGAGACGGAGAGCGGUGGAGAAGAGUGGAGGGGAGAGCCGGAGGGAGGAAGUGGAGGGGAGGGAGAGGAAGGAGAGGAGGGCAGUGGAGGGGCGGAAGGAUGGGGAAGGGAGGGAGGUGGAUGAUUUGAGUGUGUCGGAGGCAGGGAAGGUACAGAGGGUGCAGAGGGUGCAGAGGAGAAAGGGGAAGAAGGCAGUGAAGGGGGUGGAGACGGGAGAGGAGAGCAACGAAGGGGCUUUUUUGGAGAAGCAGAAGAAGAGUGCAAGGAAAGCUGGUCGUGCAGGCAGUGGACAGGUGGAGGUGGGGGUGGGGAUGGAAAGGUGUGGGCCAGGGGCUAAGGCGCUUGUGAAGGGCAAGGCGAGGCGAAGAGGAGCAGAAGGUGGCGGUGGAUGUAGCAGUGUGGCAGGUGCAAGCGGGGAGGUGCGGGUUGGGAUGGGAGGGUGUGUGCCAGGGGCCAAGGCGGUUAUGAAGGGCAAGGCGAGGCGAAGUGGGGCAGAAAGCAAGGGAGGAGCUGGCAGUGUGGCAGGUGCAAGGGAUGCUGGUGAGGAGCCAGUGUCGGGUGGAGUGCGGAGCAAAGGGAGUGGACAAGGGAAGGUGAAGCGGUGUGGGGCUGUGGAGAGUGGUGUGGUGGAGGAGGGGUUAGAGAGGGUGGGCGAUGGGAAGACGCUGACAGCAACAGGGGUGGGUGCUCCGGACGAGCCGCGCCGAGCCCGCUUAUCAGCUAGGAGCGGCGCGGCGCGCACCGCUCUGCACACAAGCGGUGACGACCUCGGCUUGUACUCGCUCUCGUCCUCAUCUGUAUCCUCAGCAGGCGAGCCAAAUGAGUGUUGGGUGGAAUCAGCAGCAGGGGGGCUCAAAAAGGGCUGUCUGGAUCGAACGCCAGGGCAGCAGCCAAAUCAGCUUGUUAUUUUACCAUCUUCCCUCGUGCCGUCCUCCCCACGCGUUCUCCCCGCCUCCGCCUCCCUCUCACUCCCUGACGCCUCUCCAUCUGUCGCAGUGCUCCGCUCUUUCUUUGAGUCCGCUCAAACCCCGCCACUCAUUCGCCCCACCUCCACCUCCCUCUCACUCCCCAAGGCCUCUCCCUCCGUCUCGGUACUCAGCUCUGCCACUUCGACAGCUGGGAUGGCUGCUGCCCCUCGGGAAUCCAAGCCUGCUGCUCCCUGCAUCGCCGCUGCACCAGCAACCCCCCCACUCGUUCGCCCCACCUCCACCUCCCUCUCACUCCUCAAGGCCUCUCCCUCCCUCUCGGUUCUCAGCUCUGCCACUUCAGCAGCUGGGAUGACUGCUGCCCCUCGGCAAUCCAAGCCUGCUGCUCCCUGCAUCGCCGCUGCACCAGCUACCCCCCCACUCGUUCGCCCCACCUCCACCUCCCUCUCACUCCCCAAGGCCUCUCCCUCCGUCUCGGUUCUCAGCUCUGCCACUUCAGCAGCUGGGAUGGCUGCUGCCCCUCGCGAAUCCAAGCCUGCCGCGCCCUGCUUCACGCCUGCACCGACUGCCCUCCGCGCAGUGUCCUCGUGUGAGCCAGCCAUGGCGUGGCGCGUGUUUGCGUACGUCGCCGUCGUGUGCGCGCUGCUGCAGCUCGGCGCGCACGCGGCGUCCGACGCGGAGUUCCUGCCGCCCGCGCCAGAAGAUGUGAUUAAAACGGAGGGCGGCUCGCUGUCCGUAUGGAGCCGCGAGUUCGAGUUCUUCAAGGAUGCGAAUAUGAACGCAGCGCGCAUGGAGAUUUCGGCCUUUUCUCUCGCCCUGCCGGAAUACAACGACGCCCCGCAGCUCUCCUUCAUCACGCACGGCUGUGCCUUCAUGGGUCUGCUCUCGCCCAUGGGGGUCCCUGCCCCGAUCAGAUACGUGCAAGAAGGCGAUAUAGUCGCCAUUCCAAGAGGGUGGGCGAGUUGGGCGUGGAACAACGGGUCGGAGCCGCUCAGGGCGCUGCUGCUGUCGGACACGCGCUCUGCUGCGGAGGCGGGCGAGGUGCACGCGUUCACGCUCAUGGGCGGGCCACACGAGACUCUGGGCGGUGUGCUGCACGGCUUCAGUGCGGAUAUGCUAGCGAGGGCAUGGGACGUGGAGGAGGAGGAAGCAAAGCGCCUGGUGGCGGGGCAGAAGCACGUGGGGUUUAUCGCAAUUGGCAGUCACAACGCCCCGCGCCUGACAGCACAGCUGCAGGCAAUGCUGGAAGAGAGUGACCAGGCGUAUGGUGAGGAAGAGGAGGUCGUUGACAGCAUCGACAUGGAGGGCAGCAAGGGCGGGAGCCACAUGCGCAUGGGGGACAUCUCGCCUUUCACGCGCUUCAAGUACAGCCUCGCCCAUGCAACGCCUGACGUGUCGGUGCCCAGGGGGGGAGACAUAUUCGUUGUGGAUCGCACCAAGCUGCCCGUGCUGCACCACGUCGGCCUCUCCGCUUUUCUGUAUCAUCUGCAGCCCAAUGCACUCCUCGCCCCCCACUGGUACCCCAACGCGGCUAUCCUGCACGUGGUGCUGGCGGGUAGUGGUCGCAUAGAGGUGGUGUAUCCUGACGGCCGCACCGCUCUGCACCGUGACGUUCGCACCGGGGAUGUUAUUGCUGUGCCUGCUCUCUUCCCCUCCUCCAUGGAAGCAUCUGAGGAGGGAAUGAUGUGGAUUGCUAUCGCCAACCGCCCGCUCUCCCCGCCCUCCUUCCUCGCGGGGGCUACAUCGGUGUUCAAGGUUUUCCUCCUGUCCGCCCCCAUUCGCGUCGAUUCACCAUCCUCCCAAAUGACUUGCGCUGCCCCUAUGAGGGCUUGCGCGCUCCUCUCCCGCCUCUACUCGCCACCCGCCACGCGUCUGUCCGCCAUUCGUCGCCACGUGAGCAGCGCGCCAAUGGGGUUCGUCAUCGCGUCGAGUGAAUCAAAAGUGCAGUUCGUGGAGCUGCAGGGGCAGGGCCUGGCGGAGCGGAAAGCCGCCAUUCAAGAUCUACGAGUGGUGCCUCUGGAGGGACCCUCACGCUACAUCCGACCGAGGAGCAUUCGAUACAAGCAGCACGGCAAGGACCGUCGAUGGGACAUGGUGCAAUCGCAUCCGUCCGUUGCGGUGCUGCUCUUUCACACAGAGCUGAAGCUGCUCCUCAUGGUGCGGCAGUUCCGCCCCACAGUACUUGCAGCAGCAGCAGCGGCGGCGGCAGCAGAGGGGGAGGAAGAGGGGAACGAGGAGGGCGUGAACCUGAAAGGGGACCUUGAAGCUGCAUUCACUUACGAACUGUGUGCAGGCCUGGUGGACAAGGCAGGCAAGGACCUUAGACAGAUCGCCAAGGAAGAGGUGUUGGAGGAGACGGGGUAUGACGUGCCACUGGAGUCACUGCAGCUGGUGACGGCUGCUCUCACGUCCGUGGGCAUCUCAGGGGCCCGGCAAACCAUGUUCUAUGCGGAGGUGAACGAGGCACAGAGAACUCACGCUGGGGGAGGCAAGGAGGACGAGGGCGAGGUCAUAGACGUGGUGGGGCUGCCCCUGGCCCACCUGGAUGCCUUCAUUGCUGACGUGGACCUGCCCAAGAGCCCUGGAGGGCUGUUUGGGGUAGCGUGGUUCAAAGCUACAGUGCUGCCCGCUUUGCAAGGCUCAAGCUGA